CUGCAGCAGCUUCUAGAAGAACAUAAGAAGAGUCUGAGGAGGAGAUGUGAACGUGUGACUGAAGGAAAUGAUGAACCAGGAGGAGGAAGCCUCCUCAACAGGAUCUACACUGAGCUCCACAUCACAGAGGAACUCAGUGAGGAGCUUCAGAGGGAACCUGAGCUGAAGCUUCUGGAGACAGCUUCCAGGAAGGAGAGCCUCCGUCACUCUGCCAUCAGGGUUCAGGACAUCUUCAAAGCCUCAGACCAGCAGCACACACACAUCCGAGUGGUUGUGACCAGCGGCGUGGCCGGCAGUGGAAAAACCUUCUCGGUGCACAAGUUCACUCUGGACUGGGCCGAGGGCCUGGAGAACCAGGAUGUGGGGGUGCUGGUGGUGCUCUCCUUCAGGGAGCUGAACCUGCUGGGAGAGCGGCCGUACAGCCUCCUCUCGCUGCUGGCUGUUUUCCAUCCCACGCUCCAGAAGCUGACGGCAGAGGAGCUGGAUGUCUGCAGGCUGCUCUUCAUCUUUGAUGGUCUGGAUGAAAGCAGACUUUCUCUGGACUUCAGCAGCAGCCGGCGGCUGCUUGACAUCUCCCAGCAGUCUUCAGUCAGCGAGCUGCUCACUAACCUCAUCCGGGGGGAUCUGCUGCCCUCGGCUCGGGUCUGGAUCACUUCCCGACCGGCGGCGGCCCAUCAGAUCCCUCCAACAUGUGUGGACAGACUGACAGAAUUGCGAGGCUUCACUGACGCCCAGAAGGAGGAGUACUUCAGGAGGAGGCUGAGUGAUGAGGAGCUGAGCAGCAGGAUCAUCUCCCACAUCCAGACCUCCAGGAGCCUCCACAUCAUGUGUGGAAUCCCAGUCUUCUGCUGGAUCACUGCUACAGUUCUGGAGCACAUGUUGAGCAGCGAGCAGAGAGGAGAGCUGCCCCAGACCCUGACUGACAUGUACUCCCACUUUGUGCUGGUUCAGACACACAGGAAGAAGCUCAAGUACCAUGAAGGACCUGAGACGGGUCCACAGGAGCUGACGGAGGCUGACAGGGAGCUUCUUCUGAAGCUGGGCAGGAUGGCCUUGGAACAUCUGGACAGAGGAAACAUCCUGUUCUACCAAGAAGACCUGGAGCAGUGUGGUCUGGAAGUGACUGAGGCCUCGCUGUACUCUGGAAUCUGUACUCAGAUCUUCAGAAGAGAGUCUGUGAUCUUCCAGAAAGCCGUCUACAGCUUUGUCCAUCUGAGUGUUCAGGAGUUUCUGGCUGCAGUCUCCAUGUUCCACUGUUUCACCAGUAGGAGGACAGACGGACUGAAGACCUUCUUUAGAGAGGAUCAUUCUUUCACAUCUCUUGAUGAUUUCCUGAAGGUCGUCCUGCAGAAAUCCCUCAGGAGUCAGAACGGCCACCUGGACCUGUUUGUCCGCUUCCUUCAUGGCCUCUCUCUGGAAUCCAACCAGAGACUCUUAGAAGGUCUGCUGGGUCAGACAGAGAUCAGUCCAGAAACCAUCCAGAGAGUCAUCCAGAACCUGAAGGAGAUCAACAGUGAAAAAGUAUCUCCUGACAGAAGCAUCAACAUCUUCCACUGUCUGACGGAGAUGAAGGACCUCUCAGUCCAUCAGGAGAUACAAGAGUUCCUGAAGUCAGAGAACAGAUCAGAGAAGAGACUCUCUGGGAUCCACUGCUCAGCUCUGGCCUACAUGCUGCAGAUGUCAGACCAGGUCCUGGAGGAGUUAAACCUGGAGAACUACAACACAUCAGUGGAGGGACGAUGGAGACUGAUUCCAGCUGUGAAGAACUGCAGGAAGGCUGAGCUUUCUGACUGUGGACUCUCUGAUCCUCACUAUGAAGUGAUCUCCUCAGCUCUGAAGUCUGACCCCUCCCAUCUGAAACUUCUGGACCUGAGUAACAACAUCCUGAAGGAUUCAUCAAUGAAGAUUCUGUGUUCUGGACUGGAGAGUCCAAACUGUAAACUGGAGACUCUGAGGUUGAUGGACUGCAGGUUGUCAGAGAUCAACUGUUCUUCUCUGGCCUCAGCUCUGAAGUCCAACCCCUCCCUCCAGAACCAUCUGGAACAUCUAGACCUGAGUAGGAACCCUGAUCUUCAGGAUUCAGGAGUUGAGCAGCUGUGUGGUUUUCUGCAGAGUCCACUCUGUGGUCUGCAGACUCUGAGGUUGAGGGGCUGCAGUUUGUCAGAGACCAGCUGUUCUUCUCUGGUCUCAGCUCUGAAGUCCAACCCCUACCACCUGAAGGAGCUCGACCUGGAUUACAACCAGCUGCAGGCUCCAGAUGUGCAGCAGCUGGUUGAUCUUCAGCAGAGUCCAGACUGCAGCCUGCAGACUCUGAGGUGGAGCUACUGGGAGCAGAGCUUCAUCCAGAGGACCCACCAGAAGCUCUGAGUGUCAGUGGUGUAGUGUGAAGAGCUGUGAGUCCAGCAUUGAACCAGGGUUCCUCAGGAUGUGACAAAGAAUCAUCAAUGUGUGUUCUCCUCCUCCUCCUCCUCCUCCCUGUUUGAGACAUUCCUCUUUCUAAUCAGUCUCAUCAUCUUGUGGGUUCUAAAGAACUGAUGUGGGCUGAAAAUGUAAAAUCAGUUUGUAAACUGAAGUCUGUCAGGAAAUUCCUUGUUAUCAGUCUUUUCAUGUGAUCUGUAAUCCAUUUCUCUCUGAGCUCAGUCAAUACUGAACAGUUUUCAGUAGCUUGAAUUUAAGUGAGCAUAAAGAAGAAUGAACUAAUCUUCUCUGCUCCUUCAUCUCAUGUCAUCAUAUUCUGUCAAUAUUGAAAACCAGCAGCAAACAACAGAAACCCCAGAGGAGAACCAGCAGACAACUCCCAGACAGCAGCAGAGUGAGCGGCCUGCAGCCUCUCUGGCUCUUCACACUGCUGCUUCAUAUCAGAUCCUCUUUGUGCUUCUUUGUGUUUUGAUGGUGACUCGGAUCUAAAACAUAGUGAAUGUGGUGUGUGAGUUACAUUCUUCUGAUUCUAGAUCUAGAUUGUUCCAUAACUGGACUCCUUGUACUGAACUGCAACGUUCCCUCACUGUGGUUCUAGAUUUAGGUUUGGUGAAGAUCCCUGUUCCUUCAAGUUGUAGUUACUUUCUCUUUUUUUUUUCUAAAUCUGCUCUGAAUAUCUAUGGCUGAAAAGUUCUUUGUACUUUAUACAUAAUUCGCAGAAUAUUGUAAUCCACCAUGUCAUGAAAUUUCAAUGAUUUUAACAAAAACAAUAUUCGUAAUUCAAGAAACUUGCUUAAAACAAUCAAUAAUUCAAGUGAUUUCAAUAGAAAGACAAAACCGCAACAUUAACCCCCCGCCCCCCCCCCCCCUUUUUUUUUUUUUCUUAUUCUGCUGAAAAAGGACUGGGAAGAAGAAAACUUGUUUAAUCCCAGUCCAAAAUCCUCAUCAGUCACUUGAUGGUGAAUUUUCAAACGCUUCCUGUCAUCAAGUCAAAGACAGCGAGAACCAGAGAGUAACGGGCUCAACAGCAAGUGUUGAAUAAUGCACCUCGAUGCCCGCGUUAUUCAGGACUCGCCGCCCACAAAGGAGAUAAAUGACGUGACUAUAGCUGACGUUGGAAUCACGAGCGCCGUGUGGCCUUCCACACCUCAACAUAAGACAACCAUAUCAUGAAGCUCCAAAUAGAGUCCCUUGAGAGAAGAGUGGAGCAAUAUCGAACUCCUCUUCAACGUUUCCGCCCCCACAGGAAGCAGUUCCCACUGGACCUAACAAUACCCCAACAUACUGAGUGGUGCACCACUGCUUGUGUCCCUCUGUUUGGUCGUUACAGUCACACGGUUAGUAUUAAUCAUUUAUUAGUGCGUGAACCACAUUAUUAAUCUUUUUGAGUGAAUACUUUUAGUAUAUUCAUACGUGUGUGCUGAAACCAACUGAAACUAAUAUUUGUGACUCCGGAAGGGCAAACAGGUUUUUAAAGCAAUGAGAGAACAUUGUGGAAACGCUGUGGAGCUGUCAAACAGCUGUCAGGCCACUUUCUUUGGCGUCUUACUGGAACCUGUCGGGAUCAAUUGGAAAUCAGAUCGUUGUUUCUUCAUGGGACUCAAAUAAAUCACGCUUUACUGAAAACAAGUGCGUUGUUGCAUCUUUUGAGCGUUACACAGCCAUCGGAGUGGUAUCCGAGAAGCGAUGGGAGGAAACAGCUGGUCAGCCACGUCCAGCCAGGGUCAACAUCCCCCCCCAGCAGCCAGAACUGUGCUCCUUUAACAGGCACCAUACAACCACAGCUGUUCCCAAUCUGUACCGUGAACACUGUUGACAAAACAACUGAACAUCUAAAAAAUGGUAAAAAGCUGUACAAUGGCUCAUGAAGCGGGUGGAAUUUCUUCAAC